AUGGUGGAGCGACGUGAGCCAGUGGGUGCUGAAACAGCGCGUGUACGGACGUUAGUAACACAGAAGGUUGCACCGCUGCAACAUCACCGUCCGUUUUCAAUGCAGCCGGAGGCACAAAGCAGUGAUACCUCGGAUGAUGAUUCCAGUAAAGCAUCCAUCAUGCCACCAAGUAACGAGUGCUUGCAACAGCGGCCGGCUGCAAAACCACAUCCUCGGGCUUAUUCCACUCUGCAAAGGUCAAUUAAGGUGGGGACUGAAAUUUGUUGGAAAACUGAAUUUGAAGAGCAUGCUUUGAUUUGA